CUUCAGAGACGUACUUCCGCUUCUCUCCCCCUACCUUCUUGUGCGGUGCGAGAGAGAGCGCGUGUGCCUCAGAGCCUCGGCACACAUCUUAUAUAAAAAAUCAAAAAUACCCAAAAAAAAAUUCACAAAACAGAAAAAAUACCAACAAAAAUUCAACUUUUAUUACCGAAGACCUCGGUGAAGCAGGAUCCGCGGACAGGUUUGAGGAGUUUAAUCGCAGGGCAGCACCGCAGUAGGCCUGAGGAGAUUUUUAAUCAUCGAUACCGCCAAAACAUCGACGCCAAAUCGGUACCAAACGCGUUUUAAUUCGUCUUUGAGUCUGUUCUUUAAGAGUAUUUAACCGUGUGACGGUCUUCGAGGAGGAAAGCGAGCAGUUUUGGUCUCGUCCGUUCGCGUGUGUUCAAUCAGGUCCGCGUCUCCAGCUCUUCGCUCUGCUGUGUGAAGAUGAACCCCAGCGCGCCCAGUUACCCGAUGGCUUCUCUGUAUGUGGGCGAUCUGCACUCGGACGUGACCGAGGCCAUGCUGUACGAGAAGUUCAGUCCAGCCGGGCCCAUCCUCUCCAUCCGGGUCUGCAGGGACAUGAUGACCCGCCGCUCGCUCGGUUACGCCUACGUCAACUUCCAGCAGCCCGCCGACGCCGAGCGCGCCUUGGACACAAUGAACUUUGACGUGAUCAAGGGCCGGCCCCUCCGCAUCAUGUGGUCCCAGCGAGACCCGUCACUGCGCAAGAGCGGCGUGGGAAACAUCUUCAUCAAGAAUCUGGACAAGUCCAUCGACAACAAGGCCCUCUACGACACGUUCUCUGCCUUCGGCAACAUUCUGUCCUGCAAGGUGGUUUGCGAUGAGAACGGCUCUAAAGGAUACGGCUUUGUUCACUUUGAGACCCAUGAGGCUGCAGAAAGAGCCAUUGAGAAAAUGAACGGCAUGUUGCUCAAUGACCGCAAAGUGUGUCCAGCGCUGAGCAUUCGUGUCAUGACCGACAACGGCGGCAAAUCUAGAGGCUUCGGCUUCGUCAGCUUUGAGAGGCACGAGGACGCCCAGAGGGCUGUUGAUGAGAUGAAUGGAAAAGAGCUGAACGGGAAGCAGGUGUACGUGGGUCGCGCUCAGAAGAAGGGAGAGCGUCAGACGGAGCUCAAGCGCAAGUUUGAGCAAAUGAAGCAGGACCGCAUGACUCGCUACCAGGGAGUCAAUCUCUACGUGAAAAAUCUGGACGACGGCCUCGAUGACGAACGUCUGCGUAAAGAAUUUGCUCCGUUUGGCACCAUCACCAGCGCUAAGACGAAUCCAGUCAAAGCCGUGACGGAGAUGAACGGUCGUAUCGUGGCCACCAAGCCGCUGUAUGUGGCUCUGGCUCAGAGGAAGGAGGAGCGUCAGGCACAUCUCACCAGUCAGUACAUGCAGAGGAUGGCUAGCGUCAGAGCCGUGCCCAACCCUGUCCUCAACCCCUACCAGCCAGCGCCACCAUCCGGAUACUUCAUGGCCGCUAUUCCACAGGCUCAGAAUCGUGCUGCUUACUAUCCCACCAGUCAGCUCGCUCAGCUCCGCCCCAGUCCUCGCUGGGCCACUCAGGGUGUCCGCCCUCAGCAUUUCCAGGGCAUGCCCAACACCAUCAGGCCCUCGGCGCCCCGUCCGCAGACCUUCGGCGCCAUGCGUCCCGCCUCGCAGGUCCCACGGGUGAUCGCGCCCCAGCGCAUGGCGUCUCAGGCCAUGGGCCCUCGUCCCUCCAUUGCAGGUGCAGCCACAGGAACAGCUCAGGUGAGAGGAGUGCCGCAGUACAAAUACGCACCUGGAGUCCGCAACCCACAGCAGCACAUGCCCACUCAGCCGCAGGUGCCCAUGCAACAGCCUGCUGUCCACGUUCAGGGUCAGGAGCCUCUGACGGCGUCCAUGUUGGCUGCCGCCCCUCCACAAGAACAGAAGCAGAUGCUGGGUGAGCGUCUGUUCCCGCUCAUCCAGAACAUGCAUCCCAGUCUGGCUGGAAAGAUCACCGGAAUGCUGCUGGAGAUCGACAACUCUGAGCUGCUGCACAUGCUGGAGUCUCCGGAGUCCCUGAGGUCAAAGGUGGAUGAAGCAGUAGCGGUGCUGCAGGCUCAUCAGGCCAAAGAAUCUGCCCAGAAACCAGUCCCCAGCACCGCUGUGCCGGCCGUCUAACACCAGAAUGGUUCUCUUCGGCCCUGUCUUCACCAAGAGGGACACGGUACAAAAAAAAAAAAGUGAAUAAAUAUCGAAAAACAGAAACUCAAACAGAAAAAAACAACAACACGAUGACAUCAAAAUGUUUUGCCAGGUUGAGAAACUAACUCUUGACCUUGAUUAUAUUAAAAAAAAU